CAACUGGCACGACAGCGGGCACCGGGUCAUCAGGUACCGGAUCGUCUGGCUCGACAGCGGGCACCGGGUCAUCUGGCUCGACAGCGGGCAUCGGGUCACCAGGUACGACAGCGGGCACUGGGUCAUCAGGCAUCGGCGGGCAUCGAGUCAUCAGGCACGACAGCGGGCAUCGGGUCACCAGGCAUGACAGCGGGCACUGGGUCAUUAGGCAUUGGAUCGUCUGGCUCGACAGCGGGCAUCGGGUCACCAGGCAUCAGGUCAUCUGGCUCGAAAGUGGGCACUGAGUCAUCUGGCAAGGCAGUGGGCACCGAGUCACCAGGCACGACAGCGGGCUCUGAGUCAUCAGGCACGACAGCGGGCAUUGGGUCACCAGGCAUGACAGCGGGCACUGGGUCAUCAGGCAUUGGAUCGUCUUGUUCGAUAACGGGCACCGGGAUACCAGGCUGCGCCACGGAAGGCUGGUUCUCAGAU